AUGAAUAAGGCCGUUGAGAAGCUCGCAGCUCUGGCUGAGGAUCUGAAGGCAACGAAAUACGCGCCACCAGUCGAACCGCCAAAGGAGCCAGUGCAAGAUGUACCGGCUACCGCUCCGCCUACCGAAGCUCCACCGACCACGGUUCCGCCAACGACCUUCAAGUAUGUGUUGAACGAGAAGGCUGCUGAGGCGUAUUGGAAAACAUUUGUACCGCCAGUCAUGACCACUGUGGCGCCACCACCUGCUGAGGAUAUCCCUGCAGUGAAUCCCUACGAUACACCAGCACCACCACCAGCUGAAGAUGUUCCAACUGAAGCUCCCACCCAGCCACCAACCGAGGAGCUUACCACAAUGCCCCCACCAGCUUACGCUCCACCUGUGGAACUGCCAACUGAAGCUCCCACUGAGCCACCAACCGAGGAGCCCACGACUCUUCCACCAGUAGAGGAAACCACCCUGCCCAUCUACGCUCCACCAGCACAGGACGUUCCCACUGAGGCUCCGUUCGUGCCACCUGUAGAGGAGCCUACAACUAUGCCACCACCAGUCUACGCUCCACCUGUGGAGGAACUCCCCACUGAGGCUCCUACUGAGCCACCAACCGAAGAGCCCACUCUUCCACCAGUUGAGCCGACAGCCCUUCCAGUAUACGCUCCACCAGCAGAGGACGUUCCCACUGAGGCUCCGUUCGUGCCACCUGUGCAAGAACCUACAACUAUG